AUGUCUCCUGUAAAGAAUUUAGUGCUAAAAUAUGACGCUUUGAAUGAAGAGAACUCUUUUACUGAUGGAGAUACCAUCACGGGAACCUUCAGCUUCACUUUGACCGAAAAAACUGAAAUCAAGAGCAUUUGCGUCAGAGUCAGUGGGCUCAUGCAUGUGUACAGCAUCAAAAACGGCUUUCUAAGCACCCAAGAACGGGACUACUUCGACAUCCAGGAGAUCCUAGUCGGAAAAGAAUCCAGUGGUAAGAAAGAAAAUUAAUGCCCUUCAUCCUGCCUCUCUUCUCUUAUUUUUCAAAAAGCACUAAUAUACAACAUAUACAAUGUUCAUUUCAAUGGAUUUGUUGCCAUGUCUAUAGCCUUGCUUAUUUUGGUAAAGACACUUUCUGUUCUUGUAGAUGACACUAUCAUUUAUCCAACAAAUAUUAGUAGUACCAUCAUUUUUCUUCCAGAGACUGUUCUUCCCUGUGGAAAUCAUGUCUAUGAAUUCAACCUCCUCAUACCUGAAGGGUAAGUAAACCAAAAUGUAAGGUCAUCAUAGUCUCAAUGAUAGUCUGAUGUUAUUUCACUUCAGAUUUUCUGUAUUUAUAAAACUAUGAUAGCACAACUAUCUCGUGUUUCUCUGCCACAGAAGCUUUCCAGCAUCAUUUAAGGGGAUAGGUGGAAAGAUCAUCUUCAAGCUGGAGGCUAAGUUGGUCGGGAGUAAGGGGAUUCAACAUACUCUCACAAAGGAGCUCAGUUUUGUGUCCAAGGCAAUUCCAAACCCGCAGUCUCUGAUGGUGUGUAUAACAUUUAAAAAGAUCAAUUUGAUGUUGUGUGAGAGAUACUGGACUCCUUUCAUCCACAAGCUUGUAUGAGGAGACUCAGUUUUGUGUUCAGCCUCCCAGUAGUGACCCAGCCUAUUUAUAAACCAUUUCUAUAAAAUAAUUGUAAACAUAAUACAGGCAGAAAUAAAUUCUCCUUCAUUUCUACAGAACAUAAAUGCUACUUUGAGGACAGCUGGAGCUUUAUAACAUCAAAUGAAAAUUAUGUGUUUAUGAGAACUGGACUUUGGUCAGGCUUGUAGUUACACCUUUAACUGUUAAAGCAGUGACCUUUUUUCAUUUCCAGAAAUACACAAAAAUCUGUAACCCAAUACGUCAGUUCAAUUUCUUUAGUUCUGAGAAAGUGAAAAGACAGCGAUCUUUAAAUGCAGUAAAAUAAAUGCAUUAAACACUAAACACAUGAGAAUCAGUAACCUUGAGGUCAAAUUGUGCGGCCUGUGUAAAGAGGUCAAGAGUCCUCAACAUUUUAGGCAGCCUAAAAAGUCCUAUCGAUACCUCCCAGUUUCUUACUCUACUCCUGAAGAAUGGCAUAAAUGACAAGAGACAAAGACUGACUCCAGUAAGAAGUUUAAAUCACAUUAAGAUGGAAAAUUACAGCAGCUCUGGGUUGUUUUCAUCCAGAACUUUUGUAAUAAAACAUAUGGAGUUUUAUUUCAGUUGGACAUGUGACUCAGGUACAGCUCUUGUGAAAGUGUGAUGUCCUUAUUGAGAUCAAUCAAACUUUCCUUGGAUGAAAUUCAUAGUUGAAAGAUAUUCUUUUGCUUAGAGUGACCAUGUUAGGUAUUUUCUUGGCAAGAGAAAACUUAGCAGGUUAAAACAAAGAGAGAAAAAUAACAGAGAAGUUAAAAACAAAAGACUUGAGCAGAGCACAUCAAACUCCAUCCUGACUUUAACUAAUACUCCAUGUGUUUUGGCAACUGAUGAAGUUCUGAAGAAGAACUGUAUCGAUCCCCGAGAGAAAUUCAAUAAAUGAUAAAUUUAAUGAUAAAAAACAAGGUAGCAUUUGAACACUCUUGUGUCACCAACUACUCCGUGGUGGUGAUUUGUACUUUCUUCCAGUUUUUCUUCGUGUUACCAUGAUCUAAUACUUCAGUAUAUGUUGCACAAAAUUGGUCUUUCAUUUUAACACAUUUUUAAGUGUACUUACUUUUUUUAGGGACCUUACUGGUACCUGCUUUCAUAACUGUGUAUCAGAUUGAAAGUAGCUGAAUUUGUAUUCAGUGAUGGUCUUAAGGUGCUGAAUACUCCUGUAGCUCUCAAAUCAUGCACAACAUUCUUGUAAUAAUGGCGUUUGAUCCAGAGUAAUUGUUUUUUCUAUUCAUUGCAUUUCAGCUGCAGCAAGUUGAAUCAACGAGCAAACAGAUUGGGUUUUUGUCAAGAAGAGAUGUGCACAUGGAAGUCACGAUUGACAAGGGGGCUUAUUCUCCAGGUAAACCUCUCCUCAUUCAUGGCAGGCUGAAGUUCACCAAGUGCAUCUUAUUUGUCUAGCAUUAUUUUUAACAGGCAAUUAAUCAUACUGUACACUCCUGUGAGGAGUUUUUGGCUAGUUAUAAAACAAGCUAAAGUUAACACUGAUGCGUUAGGGACCUGUAAAAAAUAAACAAUACUGUGGCAAAUAGAAUACAAGACAGUUCAAGGGAACUUCAGUCGUAUAUGUAGCUCACAAGUGGAAAAAAAAAAACUCAUGGUAUUUUGUUAUUUCCCUCACAGGUGAAACGGUGAUGAUUGUUGCAAAUAUCAACAACUCUUCAUCAUACCAGGUGACACCCAGAUUCUGUUUCGAAAAGACUGAGGUUUACUAUUGCAAAUAUAAUGAGAGAAGUGACAGAGAUAUUAUGGUGAAACUGCAUGGCAGCACCGUCAAAGCCCGAACCCAGACCAAGGUGAAGUGUGCCAUGCCUCUUCCACCAGAAAUGGUGCAGACGAUACAGAACUGUAGCCUCAUUCAAGUGGAAUACUAUGUAAAGGUAUGUAGAGAUUUAACUGUGUUUCUUUAUUCUAAAGCAUGAUCAGCUCAGCAUUUGAGCAUUUUUGGUAAGCUUGUUUUGAAAGGAUUGAUAUGGACUUUGAAAGAGAUUGUACUAAUGUGUCUGACUGUCAAAUGUUCUGUAGCUGUUCUGUUUUAUUUUAUGAGAAAAUAUCUUACCAAUAUAUUUAUAUUAUCCUUUCUAGGUGUACCUUGACAUCAGCUUUGACGGGAAACUGAAGAUUGUGUUCCCGGUGAUCAUAUACCCUCCAAGCUUAGGUUGUAUCCCACUGCCUGAUGAUACUGCACACACCCCUCCAGUAGGUGCUGUUGAGGGUCCAAGCAACAGUGAUGUCUCUCUCCGUGCAGCACUUCUUCCCCCACUGCCUAGUGCCCCAUCCUCUACCCCACAUUUUGACGUAUACCCAACACUUCCUGCAUACAAUUCGCUGCCUUCUGCGCUGAUGAAGACAGACUUCCUGUCCCAGUCUGAUGAGGCUCCUCCAGCAUAUUCAGUCCUUUUUUCCUUCCUUUGUUAAUGAACAGUCGGAUGCAUAAUAAUCUAAUGCAUGCUUAAUCACUCAUUUUGUUUUUGUUUACCAAGGACCAAUUGAUCAGCUUUUUGUGCUAAAAAAAAAACAAAGUUAUUGUUGACAGUUUUUGUCACUGUGCAGUCAAGUGUCUUACCUGAAACUUUAAACUCAGCUCAUGUGUAAAGGUAGAAAGAAACUUGAAAUUAAGAUAGGUAUCAGGUAAAACAGUGAGUGGAUAAAAAAAAAAAAGAAUGAUUAAAUUAAGUAAAUGUUGUUAAAACUGAAGUAAAAAGUCUGCGAAAGACUAAAGGAUAUCACUCCAAAUCAGAAGUUUUUGAUGACAGCAUCUUGCCAUAUAUCUUCACAGAACCGACAAACUGGUCAUUGCUUUACAUGCUUUUUGAAUUUAGCGAGUAGCCAUCCAAAAUGCAUCACUUGGUAGACAAAGAAGAUAAAGAAGACAAGUUUUUGAUAGUAAAAACUUGUCAGGUGGAGUAUUGUACUUAACGCACAUCACAGGAGUUUGUCCUUGAAGCUCACUUUUUCGGGAAGGAAUACUGAUGAACUGGUGACAGGAUCAAGGAUUGUCAAGGUUUAUUUUUAAAGCACUUUUCAUACAUAUAAUGUAGCACAAAGUCCAUUCAAGCAGGAAAUAAAAAACAAUGAAAAAAGAAAAAAAAAAAUACCCCACCCACCCUCCCAACCCCCAUCUAAAACAUACAGCACUCACAUGCUCACACACACACAGAUGCAUAUGCAAAAGACCAGGACUCUUCUACUUGCCACAGAUAAGAGUACAAACUAAGGUACAAUAUAAUACAUUUGAUGAUAAUAACAAUACUUAUACUCAUAAUAAUAAUAAUAACAAUAUUUAUUAUUAAAGCCAUUAUUAUAAUAAAAACUAAAUUAAUUAGAUAAUAAAAUUUAAAUAAAAAAUAAGGUGGAUGAUUUCAUAACAGUAAUAGUAAAAAAAACAGUUGUAAUAAUAAUAAUAAUAAUAAUAAUAAUAAUAAUAAUAAUAAUAAUGAUGAUGAAAUAAGAGAACUUUUCUUGUCAGAGCUGGAUGUUUUUGGUCUGUAACUCAUAAAAAAGGAGCUUAUACACAGAAUAUUUGGCUGAUAUACUGAAAUGUUCUGAUUGAUUAGCUAUUUUCUGUAACUGAUCAAUGUAUUAUUUCUGUUAUAAUAUUAGGCUUUCAUCAACCCACAGUAAUGUGUAUUCACCUAUUCACCUUGCAAGAUCCUUGAAUGACAGUUUUGUGGAAUAAAUAAAAAAGUUGUCUUUUGUUUUUUAAA